AUACAUAUUUAUGAAAGGAGCCAAACAAUAAAAGAAAUAGUCAAUUUGGGAUCAAGUUAAAAAUGAAGAAAAAGAUUUCUAUUUCAAUUACUUGUCUAAAAAAUAAAGAAAUCUCUAAAAGAAACUAAAAGACAUAGCUGAUUUAGAAGAAAUAUCAAAGACAAAGGAUUUGAAACCAGAAUAAGUUCAAAAGAUAUAAAGCAAAGAAGAAAAUAAUGAAAAAUUAAAGGAAUUAGAAGUCUAGCUAACAAAUUGGCUAUAAGCAAAGAAAGAAGCAGAACAAAGUGGAACCCUUAUUACUUAAGAAGCAUUCAUCCUCAUUUUAGAACAUUUAUCUGAAAAUCAAGACACUGUUUCUCUUUUAUCUUAAGAUCAUAAUUCGAUUUAUGAACUUGCUAAACUACUUUAAAAUAAAGUGAAUGGACAAUUGAAAAAGAAAGAUUAAUCAUGGAAGGGUUUGAAUGUAAAUAAUUAAAAUUUUAAUUUAGUUGAAACAUUAAGUGCAAUCAGAACCAUAACAAUAAGAAAUUUAAGAAAUUUAAACAUAACAACAAGAAGCACCAUAGGUUUAAGAAAUUAUUGAAACAUAAUAAGAAUAGCCCUAAUAACAUGAAUAAUAUGUAUUAAUUAAAUCUAGUCCAAAAAAAUCAUUCUAAGAAGAAACUAGAACUUAAGUUCAUCAAACAUAAGAAUAAUAACCUCUUUAACAUUCAAAUGAUACUUAAUAGUAAGAAAUUUCCAAUUUAGAAUCAAAUACAAAUCAACCAUAAGAAUCCCCAUAAGAACCUGAUAAUAAAGAUAAAUAAGAUACAAAAGAUAAUUAAGAUUAAACUCAUUAAACAAGGGAACAUAGAUAACAUUAAUAAUAUGAUAAUUAAAGAAAAGGCUAUAAAAAGAAUUAUCAUCAAGAUAAAAAUUAUGAUAGAAGAAACAAUGGAGAAGAUUAUAAAAAUAGACGUUAUAGAGGAAAUAGACAACAUCAUAAUAGAGAUAGAUAAUAAAAGGAAGAAUGGUAAGAAAAGAAGGAAGUUGUAGAAUAAUAAUAAGAUAAUGAACCUUAAAAUGAAAACAGUUCAGAUGAAGAAUAUAUUACCAUUGAACGCAAGUUUAUUAUAUUUCUAUAUAUUUAGAUAAAAAAAGCCUUAAUAGAAAUCUUAAAGAGGUGGAAAUAGAAACAGAUAAUAGAGGUAAGGAGACACUUAAUAGAAUGUUAAUACAGAGUAAUGAGAUUAUUUAAUAAUAAUAUAUACAAUAUAAAACAA